AAGCUGGGUGUUGUUUGAGAUUUGCGAGUUGGCUCAGGCUGACCAAAACCAACCAAAGACAACCAUCGAACGGUCAAGAGCCCUUGAUCAUCAAUCAUCAACUUCUUCUUCUUCAUCAAACCAAACCAAACCAACCACUUCAACUACCAACAUGCGUCUCAUCCUCCUCAGGACCAUCUGCAUCCUAAUAACCACAUCCAUCAUCCCACCCACUCUCAACCAACUCAUCAACCAACCAUCCAACAACCAACUCCAGCCUCGUCAAGUCGUCAACAAUCCAAACCAAAACCAAAACCAAAACCAGAACCCGAAUCAGAAUCAGAACGCAAACCAGAAUCAGAAUCAGAAUCAGAAUCAGAAUCAGAAUGCAAAUCAAAACCAGAAUCAGAAUCAACCCACAACGACUGCUGGUCAAGUUCAAGCAACCCAAAGUGCAUCCCGAGCUGGAACGAAUGCACCAGGACCAUCGACAUCAUCAGUAUUCUCAGCACCGAUCGAUUCACCUGCCGGAGGACUAGUAUUCACCCAACCACCAGCAACAGCAGCGGCCUCCUACUACAAGAUCGCCCAGAACCAACCGCUGACCUUUGGCUGGAACUACACCAACAUCCUAUCCUACGGGAACUCGAUCACCGUGGUUGCCUACUGUUCGCUCAACAAGAUCUCCUACACCAUCUCCACCCUGCCCGCCCAGGCCACCGCGAUCACCUGGGACCCCUAUGCGCUCCAGCAGCAGCCCGGCUAUCCUCUCUUCGCUGAGGCGACCUACACCCUCCAGAUCUUCGACGAACGCGGCAUGGGCGCCGGACCCACUCCCGGACUCAUGGCUCCUAGCAGUCAGAUGAAAUUCGCCAUGUAUAAGCCCCAACCUUACACCCCUCUGGCUUCUUGGACUUGCUCCACUUGUUCCGGCGCAAGGGGCUUCUUCCACAACUACUCUCCCGUCCUUCUCGCUUGCUCUUUAAGUCUGAUCACGGCUAUCGGCGGCGGCUGGUACGGCGUCCUCGCCGCAAUCCGCUAACUCAAUCUCUCCUCCCCCCCACCCCUUCCUUUCACUUUCUUUCUUUACCUUCUUUUGACUGUAUAAUUCCCCUCCCUCCCUCUUUCUUCACUCAUCCCCACUCUAUCUGCCCCCUUCCACCCUUCUUCCUCUCCUUUUCUGCUGCCUCGUCGACCUCAAAGAUGACAACAACGGAUGAUGAUGAUGAUGACGAUGAUGUUCUCAUUGUUUAUGAAUCGAUCGAUUUGAUCACUCUUUCUCUUCUCUCUCUCGGAGUUGGAUAAGCAAACACACACACACACUUCAUCACUACUACUUACACACUCGAUUUAUUGUUUAACUAUCCUCACUCACUUUCAAAGACAAGCUAUUAUCUCUCUUUUCUUUUUUUAGCAUCCUUUUUUUUGAUGAACUAGAUUUUUUUGAUUUCUCAAGUAGUAGCUAGUGUUAGUAGUAGUUUAUUCCCCCUACCCCUUCCCCCACCUCCCGUUCUCUUUUCAUUUAGACAAAAGUAUCUAGCUUUUCCUUUUCCAUGGGUUUCUCUGGCUUAUUCUUAUAUAACUCAAUUCGUUCUUUUCUUUCUUCUUCUUCUUCUUCUUUCCCUUAAUUCCAAUUAUCCCUCCUCCUUUUUCUUUGAUAAACAAAACCAAAACCAAAAAAUCAUUCCAUUUCCAUUUCCAUGCCUUUUUUUUUCUUUUUCUCAAUUCAAUGUUUUUUUUUUUUCAUCAACUAAACUAAAUGGGUUUUUUUUCUUCUUCUUCUUUCCUCCCUCUAUACACAUUCUCUAUACAAAUACAGUUGUUUUCUUUAUAAUGAACAUUAUGAUCAACCUUAUGAACUUAUCUUCUUCUCUUCUUCCCAUUUUCUAAAUUAUUUUGUUCCUUUUUUUCCCUCCAACAUGACUCAAUCAAUCAAUCAAUCAAGGUUUCUUCAUUUAAUCAUUCCGAGUAACUCACAUACCUUCAUUGUCUCAUUGUUUCUCUCUCUCUCUCUUUUGGGGUGGGCUUUAUAUUAACAAGAAAUGAAUGCAAUGUAUCAGAAAACAAAUCACAGUCAUACAACUACUCAAAUAAUCAACUUUUUUCUUCUUCUUUGUGUUGUUGCCAAUUCAUCAUACACAUAAACCGAUUUCCA